AUAACACUCUCACCAUGGAGCUAUUUAAUGAGCAUGUAAUGUAUCGUUUAAGGACUAUUUAAAACCAUGAUGUAAGGCCUCAUGUGAUGACCUUUAACCAUUAUGAUAUCAAUGAAUAAGAUCUGCAUACACCUACAUUAUGCAUACAAAUUCUUAAAAUAGGCUUGUGCAUACCUGUUCUGGUUAUUUGCACUUUGCUUUCAAUAGUUUCUAGCACUUGGACGAGGCUUAUUCUAUGUACUUCAAUAUGAGACUGAGUGUAAUAUUAACCUAUAUAUUUGCAAGCUUUUAUUGCAAUGCUCAAUUUCAUGUUAACACUGGUGAAUUCCUCAGCAAGAGCAAACACAUACAGACACCACAAAAUGCUGAAGAUGUCAUGGAUCGUAUGGUGUAUAGCACUUUACUACAGCCUAUGCUACAAUCAGUUGAAUAUCAGCUGAGAUCACACAAGCUGAAUCAAAAGGAAUUCUUUGAUGAAAUAAAGUCUGCUACUAAACAUCAGCUUUCAUUAGGAUACGCUAAAAAUAUGACACCGAAAAUGUUGAAAGCAGGGCACAGUACUAAAGAUUUCAAAACUGGAAUGAGCACCACACUGGAAUCUCCGUCUCAGUGUAUCGUGGACCUGGGAUAUUUUAAUUCUGACCUUCAAGCAGGCGACCUGUACGCACUGAUGAUGGUUGAUGCUUACGGUAAACUCCCUCCUGGUGUUUUUCAAGGUAGCAUUAUAUGGCCCGGGCUCUACGAUCAAUGUCAGUCGCAGUCAAAGUCUUCUAAUGUAACAAACUUCGAAGGCAAACACUGCAUAGUAUUUCUGAACAAUGUAAAUCGAAAUGCCUCAUUCCCGAGUCCGAAUAUUGGAAUCUGCGUGCCUAAUAGCUGUGAUGCGGAGCAAAUUACGAGCCUGUUAAAUAGCCGUCGUAUAGACACUGACUUUACUGUAACAAACACAAUAUGCACUAAAGUAUAUGAAUAUUCAGCAGCUGCUAUUGCCUGCCUGACCACACUCGCACUUUUAUGUGUGAUGAUAAUCAUUGGUACCAUUUAUGACUUGGCUAAACGAAGGAAAGAAUCAGCUGCACUUAUCUUCAUAGAUGAUAAAAACAAUGAAGGAGACAUGAACAUUGCUGAAACCUCAAUGACAAGUGAGACUUCACCGAAAAAAAAUUUGAUUACACAAAAUGACAGUUUUUUUGGACAAUUUAUUCUGUGUUUCUCAAUGAUAACAAAUGGUAGUAAGAUACUAAAAACGAAGCAAAGAGAAGGAAGUCUGGGAGCCCUCAAUGGUAUUAGGGUCCUUAGUUUAUUUUGGGUGAUUUUAGGACAUACUUAUUCAUCCACCAUACUAUUUAGUAACAUUUUAACACUAUUUGAUGUGAUUGCCCGAUUUUCAUUCCAAGUCAUAGUCAAUGCUACUUUCUCUGUUGAUUCCUUCUUCUUCCUAAGUGGCUUACUCGUAACUUACUUAACAUUAAAUUACAUGAAGAAAAAUAAUGGUAGGAUCAACUGGGUGAUGUUUUAUGUCCAUAGAUACCUCCGACUGACCCCUGUUUAUAUGCUUGUUAUUUUCAUUUACACGACCUUAACACCAUACUUUGGAACUGGAUCGCUUUACUCAUAUACAUUUGAUCCAAAUCCUGCUCCUGGUGUAGAAAAUCAAUUAACAUAUUGCCAAGAUUAUUGGUGGACAAAUUUACUCUACAUCAACAAUCUCUACCCCUCAGAACUUUUGAGAGAAUGUCUUGCAUGGGGUUGGUAUCUUGCAAAUGAUAUGCAAUUCUUUAUUAUCAGCCCCUUCAUUAUCUAUCUUCUCUAUCACUAUUUCUUUGCUGGGGUAGCUGCUUGGUGUAUCCUUCUCCUAACAUGUUUCUCCAGUUUGAUAGGAGAAUCCAUCAAACAUGAUCUUACAACAGAGUUUAUCCCAGAGGAUCCCACCCAGUUAAAUUUUAUAUCCGAUUCAAUUUAUGUCCAGCCAUGGAGCCGUAUUUCCCCGUAUCUUGUAGGUAUGGCUGUUGGAUACAUCUUGUACAAAUAUCGAGGGCGAAUUCAAAUGUCAAUUUUUAUGACAAUAUUGGGAUGGGUGAUUGCAACUGUGAUUGGUCUUGCAGUUGUUUAUGGUCUCUAUGGCAACUUCCAUGACAACCAUCUCACUAAAGCUGGUACAGUUGUGUACAUCACUUUAUGCCGAUUUGCUUGGGCUGUUUCUCUUGCAUGGGUUGUAUUUGCUUGUACCACUGGGUAUGGUGGGCCAGUGAAUUCCCUGCUUUCCUGGUCAGCAUGGGUACCACUUGCCCGCAUUAAUUACUGUGCUUACCUAAUUCAUCCUAUUAUCAUAACUGUCUUUUACGUCUCCCUACCAAAUAUGAUUUAUUUCACUGAUUUUCUAAUGGUGCAUUUUUACCUGAGUAAUCUUGUGUUAUCGUAUGCAUGUGCCUUUAUUUUGUCAGUAUGUGCAGAAGCACCGUUUAUGGCAUUAGAAAAAUUAAUUUUAAAUCGAGAGAAGAGCGUGUGAUUUAGUAGUUUAUAUUUUUACAAAUAAGUUUACACCAGUAUAAUUUCUAAUUUUUUCAAGGUAAAUCAUACCUUGGUUAAAAUACGUUUUUUUACAAAAUGAUUACCAAUGCUUAUGAGUUACUAAGAUGUGACCUUUUUCAGUACAGUACAGUACACACAGCCUGGGUAAACAUACCUUUUAAAAAAUGAGUGUAAUCAACUGAAGAAAUUAUGAAUAAACAAAAAGCAAAUGAUUC